UCUUCAGUCAGCGCUCGAACUCCGCGGAAGAAGGUUGUCGUUGUGUUUUGUGGACUAAAAAAAGUGGUUUUGUGGUGCAUUUUGUGCAAAUUGAAACAUCCCACAGACAGGUGGACAUCCUCCACGGACCCCGCUGUAUGGAUUAUUGAUUGCAACGAUUGGAUAUUUUGUGUGAAAAAAGUAAAUCGAAUUCAGAGGGACGAAUAUGCCGGCGGAAGCUACAAAGACGGCGCCUCCGCCCGCUACGGGUGCUACACAACCACCCCCAGCACCGGAGGCCCAGACGACGCCUAAGAAAAAGGUCGUGGCGACAAGUGGUAGGGCAGCUCUGGCCAAAGUCACCCUCCUCGAUGGUUCAGUGCUCGACGUGACAAUCGAUCGAAAGGCGAAAGGACGCGACCUCCUGAACAGCAUAUGUGCAGGAUUGAAUAUCAUCGAAAAGGACUAUUUCGGGUUGAUUUAUACAUCAGCAGCGGAUCCACGUACAUGGUUGGAGCUGGAUAAGCCCGUGACGAAAUUCUUCAAGAGUGACCCGUGGAUUCUGCAGUUUGCCGUGAAGUUCUACCCACCGGAACCGGCACAGCUGCAGGAGGACAUCACGCGAUACCAUUUGUGCCUCCAGGUGCGCAAUGACAUCCUCGAAGGGCGACUACCGUGCUCAUUCAUCACACAUGCCCUCCUUGGGUCGUAUUUGGUGCAAUCGGAACUUGGGGACUACGAUCCGCAGGAGAUGAAGAAUCGCUCCUACCUCAAGGAGUUCCGCUUUGCACCGAAUCAGACGCCAGAGCUUGAGGAUAAGGUGGUGGAUUUGCACAAGUCGCAUAAGGGGCAGACACCGGCUGAGGCGGAACUCCAUUAUCUCGAGAAUGCCAAGAAAUUGGCAAUGUAUGGAGUUGAUUUGCAUCCAGCAAAGGAUUCCGAAGGGGUUGACAUUCUUCUCGGUGUCUGUGCCACGGGAUUGCUCGUCUACCGUGACAAGUUGAGAAUCAAUCGUUUUGCCUGGCCAAAGAUUCUCAAAAUCUCCUAUAAGCGUCACAAUUUCUACAUUAAAAUACGUCCGGGUGAAUUUGAGCAGUAUGAAUCGACAAUUGGCUUCAAAUUAGCCAAUCAUCGUGCUGCCAAGAAGCUAUGGAAGGCAUGCGUGGAGCAUCACACAUUCUUCCGUCUCAUGACACCCGAACCCGUGCCCAGAAGUGGAAUUUUCCCGCGUUUUGGCAGCAAAUUUCGCUAUUCCGGACGUACGAUGUACGAAACGAGGAAGACACCCGUUGAUCGUCCUGCUCCAGCUUUUGAGCGUAGUCUCACGGGCAAGAGACUCUCCAGUCGAAGCAUGGAUGCUUUGGCACUUGAAAAGGAACAACAGAAUAAGGAUGCGAAUAAACGCCAUACAAUGUCUCAUCCUCCGGACCAUAUUCCCGAACUUGAUUCACCGAGACAAUCACGAAGUCCCCUGAAGAAGGAUAAAAAGGAAAAGCUGAAGCGAGAAUCCAGCACUGGUACAGCUUCAGCCUCAUCCCAGAGCUCCCUCGAGGGUGAAUAUGAGACAACUGGUGGAGCAAAUGUUGACCAGAAACCAGUCGGAGGUGUUUCAGUUCUACCGACCAAGAAGAAAGAUGAGGGAAAAGAUAAACCAGAGAAGCAAGCAACGGCUCUCAAUGGAAACGAAACAGAUCCGAACGAUUCAUCCCUCAAUACAUCUGAUGAGAAAUCCCCAACGUCUAAACGAAGGGGCCUUGGAAUAUUCUCAUCGGGCAGAAAGAAGGAUAAGACUCCACCAAAAGAUAAGACUCCUCCGAAAGAUAAGACACCGCCUAAGGAGUCAGCUAAGAAAAUUGCUGUUGCGGUUGAAACUCCCACAACGGGGAAGGAGCAAACCCAACAGGCGGGUCAUACAAAGCCCUAUGAGUACACAGAUGAAGAUCCAAAUGUUAGUCCGUCAAGGAAGAAUUACACUCAAGGUGGUUUCCGUUACGAUCAAGAUCCGACAAUUCGGGCAAAGGAUGGUGAUGGAAAUGGUGGACAGUUGAGUCCUAAUUCCCAGGCAAGACGUGCUACGGGAUUGGCAUUCAAUUAUGCUCCUGGUGAGGAGCAGAAGUUGAAAGAGGAGGCCACUAAACGACAAACAGGCGCAGAAUUAUCCCCCAAGACACGUGAGAAGCUUGCACGUGGUGAAUUAUCACCCAAGACGCGUGAUAAGUUACUGAAAGAGGGCAAUUUAUCCCCGAAAACAAAGCAAAAGCUCCUUGAGCCCAUUAAAAUUGGUGCAGGUGGUUCCUAUUCACCAAAUAAGGAUGCAACUGGAAAGGAAACAGCUCCUGCGGGAACGUACAAACCCCUUCAGGAUCCCAAUGCUGCUCUUCUUAAUGCGGAACGUCAAGCCACGGGUAAGGCACCACCCGUAGUGGCGGCAGCUGUGGCAAAACCCCCAGCUGAGCCAAAGAGGAAGAAGGUGAAGAUUAUGAUUGUUGUUUCCAAGCUGGAUCCCAAGACCAAGAAAAUUGAUCCAUCUUCUGGCACAGUUGAGCACAGUACGGGAAUUUUGGAUACAGAAACCGGGAAAAUUGAAUCGAAAUAUGGUGUAAUUGAUCCGAAGAAGGCAACAUUGGAAGCUCUUGACGAGCGAACGGGUAAAGUUGAGACACAUCAGGGAACAAUUGAACCCAAAUCUGGGCAUAUUCAUCUCACAUCGGGCGUUAUGAAUCCCGAUACGGGAAGAAUUGAUGAUACCCUCGGUGGGGUAAUUUGUGUGGCACCCGUGGAUAAUCCAACGAUGGAGGUGACAGCAAUUACGGGGAAGAUUGAUCCGCAAACAGGACGCGUUGAUACGGUUAAUGGGGAUGUUGAACGCUCAAAGGGUGUCUUUAAUGUUCAAUCUGGAUUCAUUGAUACCAAAUAUGGGCAAUUGAAUCCCAAAACGGGGGAAGUUCGUGUUCUUGAUCCUAAAUCCGGUAAAGCCCAAUCGAAGAAGGCUACUGUGGAUCCACAUACAGGCCAGCUAACCAUAGCUGGAGUUGUUGAUCCGAAAACUAACAAAGUUGACCCACAACUUGCGCAUUUGAUUGCAAUUGGAAGUCACGUUGAGCCUGUUGUGGAGGUUGUUGGUGUUGCUGGUAAAGUCGACAAAAAGGGUAUGAUUGAUCCCAAAACAGCUGCCGUGGAAGCAUCAACGGGUCUCGUUAAUCCCGACACCGGGAAGAUUGAUACGAAAUACGGACAAUUUGAUCUGGUGAAGCACACCAUCACGUUUGUUGAUCCCAAAACCGGAAAGACCGAAGUGAAGGAUAUUAAAGUUGAUCCAGUAACAGGACAGAUUCUGCUGAAGAAUCAAAUUAAUCCGAAAAGUGGGAAACCUGAGAAGGACUUUGGUCGUUUGAUUUCUCUUAGAAUUGUCCAGACACGCCUUGAUCCGGCCACGGGAAAAGUUAUACCAGCUGAGGAGACGAAAGAUGCCAUUAUUGACCCGAAAACCAAUCAAAUUUGGGUACCAGCUGGUAAGGAUCCCAAAACCGGAGAAGCUCUCUUCACAUCGAGUCAUGUUGAUCCGAAAACCGGAUACGUCAUUACAAUCUACGGGUAUUUGAAUAAGAAGAACAAUGAAAUUGAGAAGCAGACAAAGGUUGAUCCCAAUUUGACUAAAGUUGACCCAACAAAUGGACAAAUUUACGCAGCAACCGGUGAGAAGGAUCCAACAACGGGAGAAGCACUCUUCAGUGCAAGUCAAGCUGACCCGGAGACGGGUGAUGUUUACACAAAAGUCGGGAAAGUUGAUCCAAAAACAGGCAAGAUUAUCCUUGUUAAGGUUGUCCUUGUUACAAAGAAGGAUGAACGUGGAAAGCCGAAAGAACUAAGUCCGGCUGAGUGUGAAAUUGAUCCCGAAACCGGAAGGAUAACAAAUGUUUUCAGUAAAACUGUCUACGUGUACAAUAUGGUGGAUCCGAUAACGGGUGAAAUAAUUGAAGUGGAUCCCAAUGAUCCACGUGUUGCUGGUGCCAGGACAACUGUUGUCCAAACAAUGUCCCUCACGGGGGAGAUUGAUCCCAAAACAGGACGCAUUAAAACCGAAUAUGGCCUUAUUGAUCCCAAUACCGGUGACAUUGAUCCCGCUACAGCUGUCACGGAUCCCGUAACUGGGAAGAAAAUCCUCAAUUACACACAAAUUGAUCCAGCGCACUUUGGCAAGGAGGUGACAACAACAAAGGAAACGGUGCCCAUUACACGUGAACAAUUCUUCGAAGGGACCAAACAUCUUCCCCGUAGCGUCUUCCGACGUGACAGUGAGGGUAGUUCCGAUGGGGAUGUUGCACAGUAUGCCAGCGAUGGAGCUGGCGUGAAGGAGCUCCCUGGGCAAAAGUUAGGGAAGUACGUAACACCCCCGACUGUGGUGAAGACCACAACCAAACAGGUGCUGACUCGCGAUGAAGGUGGCGUCACGCAUGCCGUUGAGGAGGAAAUUCGGAAUUUAGGCACCGGUGAAGUUACAUACAAUACGCAGGAACAUAAGGCUGAUGCACCCUCAGAUGAUACAUCAGGCGCUUAUGUUACUGCAACAGCCGUCACAACGCGCACCGCCAUGACACACGAAGAUCUGGGUACGAAUGCAAAGACGCAACAAUUGGAGGAGAAGACUGUUGCGACGACGCGCACCCACAAUCUCAAUCGGCAGGAGCAGCGUGUUGUGACGCAGGAAGUUAAGACCACAGCAACGGUAACAAGUGGUGAUCAGUAUGGACGACGCGAUAGUGUCUCAUCUGCAAGUUCUGGGGAUUCCGGAACACCCAUUGACGGACCCUUUGAGGGCCCCACGAAACCCUACAAGGGUGAUCCAAAUGUACCAUCAGUGCCAGAGAUCCCACCCAAUACACAGGAGCAACGUGUACCAGCUGGUGAGGAGUACAAUGAGCAAGGGGAGAUAAUUUCAUCACAAACCGUCUCGAGCAAAACGAGGACCGUGGAGACAAUCACGUACAAAACCGAACGAGAUGGAGUGGUUGAGACAAGGGUAGAGCAAAAGAUCACAAUUCAAUCUGAUGGUGAUCCAAUUGAUCAUGACAAAGCUCUGGCUGAAGCUAUUCAGGAAGCAACAGCCAUGAAUCCCGAUAUGACAGUCGAGAAGAUUGAGAUCCAACAGCAGACGCAGUAGGAAGAGAGAGGGAGAGAAGCUUUUCACAUCUCGGUGAACUUUAAGCUUUCACUAGAUGCAAAAAAAAUAAGGUAAACAAAAAAUUAUAAAAGAAGUGCAUAAAAAUAUGUUUUAUAGGUGUGUUAAGAUUGAAAUGGAAACCUAAAAGGUUUUCCAGCAGAAAAAAAAUGAAAUAUUUAUCUUAAGAUGAUGAAAAAAGAGAAGAUUAAUAAUGAAUGAUGUAAGAAUUAUACUUUUUUGUCCUUUAAAGAACUUGAUGAUCACAAUAUUUCCUCAAUUUUAUUCUUAAAAAACAAACAAAAAAUCCUUUUGUCUAGAUUUUUUGAAAGAAGAAAAGAAAGAAUUAAUGUUUUUUGCUAAAAAGAGAAAAUGCGGCGCACUGAAAGCAAGAAAGAAAUGAAAAAAAUGUUAAAUGUGCUUUAAAAAAUGCUUUUCUAUCUGUGAAGAAGAAAGAAUAGGGCGAAGAAAUUAACUGUGCUUUUGUCGCUCUGUUACAAAAAAAAAAUUAAAAAUCAUUUUCAAAAAAUAAUUAUAUUAAAAAAACAAAUCUCACGCACUGAAUUUUAAAGGAAAUUAAGUGCGACAAAAUUUAUCCCCAAGUGUUCAAUAAAAAUUAAACAAUUUUUGAAAUAUUUGCUUAACAAAAAUGAAAAACAAGAAAAUAUAUAAAUUGAAAUAUUUUGAAUGAGAUAGAAAAAGGAUUUAUUGAAGGAAUUUAUUCGCGAUUGAAAUUUUAAGGAAAUAUAAUAAAAGUAUUUUUAAAGAGAAAAGCUAAAAGGAAAAAAAAGAAGAAAUGCAAUGAACACAAAUGCGCCUGAAUAAAAUUUAAAAAAAAUUGAAACUCACAUCACUUAUGCACGUCAUUUUCCUCUUUUUUACAUGAUUUUUUUCUUUUUGUAAUAUGUUAAUUAUUAUUUUUUGUACCUUCUCUAUAUGAUCUUUUUCCUUCAUAUAUUGUUUUUAAGUUUAUUCUUUUUUUUACAACAUUAACAUUCCAUAAUUUUUCAACAUUUUUUAUGUUUCUUUUUCCCCUUCGUUUUCCCCACACACACAUUUUUUUUUUAAUUUGUAAUUCACGAAUAAUCCAUGAAACAAACAAAAUGUCUUCUGUCUAUUAAUAUUACUUUUGUGAAAGAUUUUCUGUUUUUUUUUAAAUUGUAGAUGAAGAAGUAAAAUGAAAGAGAAGAGGAAAUUUUUAUCUUUGUAUUAUCAAUUUUUUUCAUGUAAUUUUCUUGCUGUAAUUCUCAGAGAAAUAAAAAAUGAAAUUUUUAAAUUAUAUCAUUUUUUCCCACUCAAUCCUCAGUUUUUUUCUUUUCUCUUUCGUAAAAGAAAAUCUUUUCUUGGAAAUGAAAAAGAAGGAAAAGGAAGGAUUGUGGGGGGAAAAAUGAAUUUGCGAAAAAAAUGCUAUUCUAAAUGUAAUUUGUAACAUGAAAAAUAAAUAUAUAUUAAAAAAGAA